GACCUACCAAGGAGGGGAUUUGGCGGUAGGACCGCCCUCACCACCAAGUUAACCUCAUGAGGGGUAGUUCAUUAAUCGAUCGCCCGUGCUUAUCACGCGGCCCAAUCCUUUUGGCUCGCAAGCUACUACGCGCUCCAAUCCCUUGCCUCCUAACCGACCACCCCGGCAUUUGGACCCGGCAACCUGGUCGAUUGAAGGAAGGCAAGACAUUUAGCCGUCUCUUAAUACCGAAUCUUGCAUCCUAAAUCUGGGGUUCUUCGACGCGCGAGGUGACUUUAGACGUGAUCAAUGUCACACUGAGCUCGGGGAAGGAAACGGGUCAUCAUUUCCGUUACUGUUCCGAAGGUGAGCGUUGAAAAGCAGUGCGUUCCUCUAACCAUGUUCGAUGGGUUGUGGACUGGUGACCCAGCAACUCAAACCGUCAAAUCUCAAUGUACAAAAUGGCCACAACCGGGGUCAGUACCUGCCCCUUUGCGACGAGCAAAGCGUUGUCCCGGGAACACAUCGACACCUCACCAGCUGUCAUCAGCGACAACGUGGAUGACAUUCUCAAAGAGUACGAUGUGCUCCGCGAGGCAUGCCCGGUGGCUUACACGAACCAAUACGGGGGCUACUGGCUCAUGACACGGUACGACGACGUCAAGGCCGCCGCACUCGACUCGGAAACGUUCAUCUCCUCCGUCCGAGCCGUCAUACCAUCCGAUCCCCGCGGUCUGCGCCGGCCGCCCCUGAACUUCGACGCGCCCAACCACACCCCCUACCGGACGGCCCUGGACCGAACCCUAAAGCCGGCGCGGAUCAAGCGUCUUGCCGAACCGCUACAGCUGCACGCUGAGGCGUUGUUGUUGCCCUUGAUGCAGAGAAAGGAGGGGAACAUAUGCACCGAGUUUGCCGCCCAGUUCGCGGCGUGGGUCGAGACGGAGUGGUUGAACCUGACGCCUGACACAGCGCCGCGGUUAGCAAGCACCGCUUCGGCGUGGGUGAAUGCCUGGCGACGCAUGGACGGGGAGAAGACGACGCAGUUUAGCACACAGCUUUACGACAUUGCGCGGGCAUUGCUGGCGGAUAGGAGGGAGAACCCGAGAGAUCCGGAGGAGGAUCCUGCUAGCAGCCUCUUGCUGGAGAGGAAUAGUAGCGGGGAGCCGCUGGAGGAGAUUCACCUUGUAGGGUGUAUAAGGCAAAGUCUCGUUGUGGGGAUGGUCGCCCCACCCCUGAUGCUCGGCGGAAUCUGUAACUACCUCUCCCAGGAUCAAGAGCUCCAGCAGCGGCUAAGGGACGACCUCAGUCUGAUCCCAGCAGCUAUCGAGGAGUUUGUAAGGCUAUUCAGUCCAUAUCGAGGCUUUGCUAGGACAGUGUCCAAGGAGACAGUCAUCCACGGCCAAACGAUUAAGCCAGGUGUUCCUAUCACGCUCACCUACAGCGCGGCAAAUCGCGACCCGGCCGUUUUCGACAAUCCUCAUGAGUUUGUCCUCGACAGGCCCAACAUUGCGAUGCACAUGGGAUUUGGCAGGGGCAGGCAUCGCUGUGUCGGCCAGCCCCUCGCCAAAUUGUGAGUUCACCAUUCUCUCCAGUUCAAGCUACCGUACUGGGUUGC